AUGUCCAUCUUCCGAGAAAAGAAAGAGAAGAGAACUGAAGAUGCCUCUUCUGGCUCGCGCAACAUCUCGCCAAAGCCGGAGAAAUAUGACGCUGAGGGCCACGAUGUCGAGCGUCGAACGUCAACCACGGUCCAGGGCCAGAAAUGGAAGCGAAUCUGUCCACCUGAACGCAGAGCUGGAUCCGUUGCCGGCAUAGAAGAUUCAUCAUCCGACACGGCUGAUCGUCUUGUUGAAAUGGAAGCUGAUAACGCGAUCAAGUAUCGAACUUGCUCGUGGUACAAAACUGCAGCUCUACUUUUCUCCGAGUAUAUUUGCUUGGCCAUCAUGUCGUUCCCAUAUUCUUACUCGGUUCUCGGACUGGUUCCUGGUCUGAUUCUGACCGUGGUUCAAGCAGCUUUUGUGCUCUAUACCUCCCUUAUCGUCUGGGAGUUCUGCUUGCGCCAUCCUGAAGUGCGAGAUGUGACAGAUAUCGGCAAGAUGCUUUUCUGGAACAGCAAUAUCGCCUACUGGUUCACAGCAGUUAUGUUCAUCCUGAACAACACAUUUAUACAGGCUCUUCACGUAUUAGUCAUCACUCGAUAUCUCAACACGAUGACCCAGCAUGGUCUCUGUACCGUCGACUUUGCGGUCAUCGGCGCUGUUGUCUGUUUCGUGUGCUCCUUGCCACGAACUUUCAAUGCUCUCAGCCACGGUGCCUGGAUCUCGGCAGUUUUCACAUUCAUAAGCGUCAUCUUGGCUGCUGCCUUUGCCGGUGCCGAAGGAAAGCAUGGCACUGCAGGAUACAACCCUGUUCCAACACAUACCGAGAACGGUGUGACGAUUGCAGGCGGCGAGCCCUUGGUGUUAGUCAUUCCAUUGGCAUCAACCCCUUUCUACAGCGGACUGAAUGCGUUCUUGAACAUCGCAUACACAUUCAUUGGACAGAUUACCCUUCCUAGCUUCAUCGCAGAGAUGAAGAAUCCAUACGACUUCAAGAAAGCGGUCACCAUCGUCACAAUUGCCGAAAUCAUCGUCUUCUCCCUUGUGGGCGGCAUUAUCUACGGUUACACUGGGACUCAAUACAACACGGCACCAGCGUUCGGAUCUCUGGGCAAUCUCGUAUAUCGAAAAGUCAGCUUCAGCUUCAUGAUUCCGACCUUGAUCUUCCUCGGCGUGCUCUACGCCGCCGUCUCAGCUCGAUUCGUCUUCUUCCGAAUCUUCGAGGGAACACGACACAAGUCGGAGCACACCAUCAUCGGAUGGGCAUCCUGGGCUGGCAUCCUGGCUGGAUUAUGGCUUCUAGCAUUCGUCAUCGCCGAAGUCAUCCCUUUCUUCUCUGAGUUGCUCAGCUUGAUGUCCUCGCUGUUCGACUCCUUCUUCGGCUGGAUCUUCUGGGGCACUGCAUACUUGCGCAUGAGACGAGUGGACUACGGUCCGAACUUCUACAAAGUCCGUGGCUUUAAGGGCUGGUUCGGCUUCUUGUUGAAUUGGUUCAUCUUGCUUACGGGAUUCUUCUUUUUGACUGUGGGAACAUAUGCUUCGGUGCAAAGCAUCAUUGACGACUUUGAGGUGGGGGUCAAGAGCGUGUUCACUUGCGCCAAUAAUGGGUUCCUUGAUUCAACUGGAUACUAA